CCAGCCGUCGAUCCACGAGGAAGAUAAUAAUAGCAAACAAACAAAAUAAAAUAAAAAAAGGGUCUCGUGGCGCGUAUUUUCGCUUCCCCUUCCUCGCAUCUACUCAGAAGCUCUUCAAUUCCGUCAUUUUCUUUCAACUUCAACAGCAAAAGUCAAAUAACUGAGCCUUUCUUUCUUCCCCCAUUUCAUUCCUGUUUAUAUAAAAUCAAUCUCUGGUAUCUCCCCUUCAACAACUGAAUUAUUCCUUUAACUAAUCCCAUUCGAAAAAUCUAAGCAGCUCCCGCACUACAAAGACAGCUCAGAGGGGGAGAAGGGAGGAGCAGAACAACAAGAAGAAGAAACAUGGCAGGUUACCCGCACAGCAACGGCGGCGGCGGCGGUGGAGGUCAGUACCCAGAAUUUCCGGCGGUUCCCACUCACGGCGGUCAGUUUGUUCAGUACGACGUAUUUGGGAAUCAGUUCGAGAUCACCCCCAAGUAUCGCCCUCCGAUCAUGCCCAUUGGCCGCGGCGCCUACGGCAUCGUCUGCUCGGUGUUGAAUUCGGAGACGAACGAGAUGGUGGCGAUGAAGAAGAUAGCUAAUGCUUUUGACAAUCACAUGGACGCCAAGCGCACCCUCCGCGAGAUUAAGCUGAUGCGCCACUUGGAUCACGAAAACGUGAUAGGAAUCAGAGAUGUGGUUCCACCGCCGUUGAGGAGGGAGUUUAAUGAUGUCUACAUAGCAACUGAGCUCAUGGACACCGAUUUGCACCAGAUCAUACGAUCCAAUCAGGGUUUGUCCGAGGAGCAUUGUCAGUAUUUCCUGUAUCAGUUACUCCGGGGAUUGAAGUACAUACACUCUGCCAAUGUGAUCCAUAGAGAUCUGAAGCCCAGCAAUCUUCUUUUGAAUGCAAAUUGUGACCUAAAGAUCUGUGAUUUCGGCCUGGCGCGCCCUACUUCCGAGAACGAGUUCAUGACCGAGUAUGUUGUUACGAGAUGGUACAGGGCGCCUGAGCUGUUGCUCAACAGUCAGGAUUACACUGCAGCAAUUGAUGUCUGGUCGGUGGGCUGCAUUUUCAUGGAGCUUAUGAACAGAAAGCCCUUGUUUCCUGGCAAAGAUCAUGUCCAUCAGAUGCGAUUGUUGACAGAGCUACUGGGCACACCAAGUGAAUCUGAGCUGGGGUUUGUGAGGAAUGAAGAUGCUAGGAAAUAUAUCCGGCAGCUCAGCCCGCAUCCUCGACAGCCAUUGGCCAAACUUUUCCCUCAUGUUCAUCCUUUGGCCAUGGAUCUUGUGGACAAAAUGCUGACAUUUGAUCCUACAAGAAGAAUUACUGUUGAGGAAGCAUUAGCACACCCAUAUCUUGAACGAUUGCACGAUAUAGCAGAUGAACCAGUCUGUACGGAGUCUUUCUCCUUCGAUUUCGAGCAACAACCUUUGGUUGAAGAACAGAUGAAGGAGAUGAUUUACAGGGAGGCAUUAGAAUUUAAUCCAGAAUAUGCAUAGAAGUGCAAAGAAGAGUAAUGUUAGUUCUGCUUGAUAGCCUAUAUCAUUUCUGUUAUUUCUUCUUCCAUUGGAAAUUGCUCCUGCAAAUCCUCAUUUUCACUGAGAAAAGAGAAGAGCAACCACAUUAAACCGAGCAAAAUUACAACAGGUGGUGGUGAAAGAACCAACCCCAAAUGCUGCACUCUCUUCAUGCUGCAACUACCUGGUCAGGAGAUUACACCUUGUAAGAUCUACCCUGAUGGACUCCUCCCCUCUGCCAUUACUGUAAAACCUGUACCAAAUGUAACAAUCAAGCACCUGAACUUUCCUGUUGUAAGAUGUGUGACAUUAAUUAAUUGUUUUUUUCCCAUCCAGUAUGUAAUAUUGUAAUUCUUCUUUGGGAACCUUACACGUUAUGUAACUGAAUAAAUCUCAAGUUAGUUAAUAGUUACGAGGUUAUUUGAGUUUAUCUUUUCAGCAUGCUAACAAAAUCUCUAUUCAGAGCUGUUGUAUGUUCACCCACAUGACCUAUUUUUCGCCGUGUACAAUCUCGUUAAUAACAUCCAUCAUCAAUCAGUCCCUAUUAAGCUAUUACUUGAUUGAAAACUUCUCUUUCUUUUUUCCGGUUGAAUAAUUUAGUUAUCAUGUCGACAAAAGCAGCACCACUGGUUUGGCCGAGACAGUAAGUGCAGUAACUAUUUGCAGCAUGAUGUGCAAAAGCAAAUCCACUCAUACCUCCAUAGACAUUGUAUCCUAUGAAUUCCAUCACACCACGAGAAUUGGACUGCCACCAAGGUUGGUGUCAAGAGGCAAUAAUCAAAGCUUCAUUGUCUAGUUCAAGACACUUGACAGAAUCUCAUCAUUUCAGUUUUGCUGUGUGUUGCUGUAAACCACCAAUGAGCCCAUCUGGUGGCAGUCGUAUUCAUCAUCGUGUUCUCGAAACAGUAGGAUUGGUGAUGCUGACAGACUACUGCAACUGUUAUUCUAGAUCAUGAUUCCGAACCUCGCCAGCCAGGCUACCAAUCCAAUUCAGCACCAACUGUCUGUGUCUUCAUUAUUUGGCACCACCAAUUCGAAUGAAAGGUACCAGAAGAAGCCACUGUCUGUGAUGCUGCUUCAUCGAUGAGAGAACAAACUAAAACCACAUGACACCAUCGACUCGAAUGGUUGUCACGCACCAAACAAGAACACCUUGAAAAUGUGGCAAAUUUGCAGGAUCUUCUGCAUUUGUCGUUUGCGCUUGGGAGAAGGAACUGGGAGAAUAAUAAAAUGCUAAGUGCUGU